UCCUGCUACGUCCUCCCUGCACACUGAAAUGCAGCUGCGCCAUUCCUCCUUUGUCCAUUGAAGAGAGCGAAGCGACUCACAGCGGAAGGACGUCUUCGCAUCUUGGCCAUUAAUCGCGCCGCUAGUCGGAAACAACGUUAACUUGCAUUAUUUGCAGUUUAGUUUUGACGCUAAGCUAACGGACCGAGCAGAAGCUUCGUUCGUUAAUUUGGCCGUGCGAGUGUAUUAUGAGCGACGCGAAUGGUAGCAGCAAUCUUGAGUCCGCCAUAGAGUCAAGCCCUCAGAAGAAAAUCAAAAUGGAAGACACUAAAUAUCUGCCGGAGCUCCUGGCCGAGAAAGACAGCCUGGACUCAUCGUUCACGCACGCCAUGAAACUCAUUUCUGCAGAGAUUGAGCGGAUUCAGAAAGGUGAAACCAAGAAAGAGCCAGAGAAGGAAACCUAUCUGGACCUGUUUGCUACGAAGAAUCUCAAACUAAAAGAGCGGGUACUCAUUCCUACCAAGCAGUACCCGAGGGUCAACUUUGUUGGUAAACUGCUAGGACCUCAGGGCAGCACAAUCAAGAGACUCCAGGAGGAGACCGGCGCCAAGAUUUCAGUCCUGGGUAAAGGUUCCAUGAGGGACAAGAAUAAGGAGGAAGAGCUGAGGAAGGGUGGUGAGGCCAAAUAUGCUCACCUGGCCAUGGAGCUGCAUGUUUUCAUUGAGGUGAUGGCACCCAUACCAGAAGCCUACAUGCGCAUGGCUCAUGCCAUGGAGGAGGUCAAGAAGUUCCUCAUCCCGGAACCCGGUGAGCAUGACCCGUACAUGGACCCUCACUUCCUGAAUGGAGCCCAGGAUGGUUCAGGCAGGGGGCGAGGGGGUCACCUAGGACGGGGAAGAGGUGGACCACCCGGUGCGGGACCAAGGGGGCGAGGGAUGCCACGUGGGGGCCCUCGGGGAGCCAUGCGUGGUGGUGGACCACGAGGAGGGUUAGGGCGGGGUAAUGGCCCAAGAGGUGCACCAUCUGGAAGGGGAGGACCGUCUUCUACUCCCAACAGAGGAGGCUCAGCUUCCCGCUCCAGACCCCCUGCAGCAGGGGCUCCAAGGAUGCUCCCCGCUGCUGCCAUGUCCCACCAGCAACACCAGGGUCCUGGUUCAGGAUCACAGCCCAAAGCUGAUGGCUAUGAGGACUAUCCUCCAUACGACGAGUCAUACGCAGAGCCUUCCUACGAGGGGUAUGAUAACUACUAUAAUCAGCAAGCGGCUCCUGUCGAUACUGAAUAUUAUGAUUACGGACACGGAGAGGCCCAGGAAACUUCAUAUGAGCCUUACGCUCAAGAUGACUGGGACAACUCAUGGAACAACUCCGGGGCUGGAGGCAAGGCCCCUCGUCCCGGGCAGUCGAAGGGGUCGUACAGAGAGCACCCAUAUGGAAGAUACUGAACGGCUACUGGUAGAGAGUUGCAAUGGCAACUGUCUCCGAUUGUAACUCGCUGAACUUUUCAAAAAAGUAAUUUCCGUCUCGUUUGUUCCCUUUUUUAUGGUUUAUUUUAUGUUUCUUUUUUUUUUUAAACUCGGUAGGGACGUUUUGUUGGAUGUAUCAUAGUGCCAGAGGAGAAAUAUGAAGACAAGGUUUUUUUCAUUGUUUACCUGUUUCCAUUUAAUGUUUGUUUCAGUUGCGUAGUUGGCAGGUCCUAGUGACAUAACCCUAAAAAAGGAACAAGAGUGAUAUUUUAGUGAUAUUUGGUGGUUAUUAUUUCAGUUAAUUGAACAAAAUGUGUUUGUGGCGAUUAAAUUCUUCUCACGUAGGCUGCAUUUUAAAAAAGUCCUUCAUGACUGGACACAAAUUAUUCCCAAUGCCUCAAUGUAACUUCACUAUAACUAGAAAAGUUUAAGUCGCAAACUCGUUUUGAUAAAAAAAAAAAAAAGUCUUAUCAUAUUUGUUCAUACUACAAUACAAAUCUAGUCUUGUGAAGUUAUAGUAAUAUCCUCAAAUACUAUUGAAAUCAAUUUGAGAAAAAUGCUUCUAUUUUUGCCACAAUUUCUAAUUGGUAUAUUAUAAUCUGUCCGGACUAUUGCUUGCAAAAUCAACGCUGAUCGACUAAUUCUUGUAAAGGAUCAACAGUCCUUACUGUGUGAGAGGAAGGCUGCAGCCAACUCAAUAUUUUGUACAUAACCUUAGGACAACUGUGUAUGCUUUAAGCCGUGCCGUCUCCAAAAUGCAUAAUGCUUGUGUACCUUUGGCUAAAUAGGAUACUAAAUAUAUCCCAAAAUGUUUUUCUGCAGUGCGUGUUUCAAUAAAGUUUCUAGUUUCUUUUUAAUCAA